GUAAAUGAGGCACCCGCGGCUUGGCUACACGGCAAAUCCUUCAUCUUUGCUUCUUCUAAACAGACACGUAAAUGUCACACAAAAGAAGCAAAUCCUCCCCAACUUCUUUCCCCACUUCCUCCUUCUCACAGCUCUCAAGAUUCCCUAAAAGUGCAAAGGAUUGCCGACUUGCCCACUAACCAUCCAGUCAUGCCUCAAUGGAUCGGAUCCCUAACUAGUCAGAAUGGUAAUUCUCUGGCUGGUGUAUUCAUGAUUAAUGGUGAGCCAUGGGUAUUCGAAAAGAAUGCUCGAGGCCAACCGGCGGCUCCAUUUCAACAGGCCCCUGCAGUCGUGAAUAUCCCUUGGAAAGAGCUCGACAGUAUCCGCCAGUCACUGCAAAGUUGUGAGCCUUUCACCGCGACUAUUAUGGGCUCUACUAUGGAGAUUGUUUGGUCUAAUGGUGUGAGAAUCACUGCCAAUGUGCCCCAUUGUGACACUUAUGGUUACUUUUCGGGAGAGGGUGGCUGGCGGACGCAGUGA